AUGGGAGAUAGUUCAAAGAACGAGGGUAUACUGGACUUGUCAGAUAUUAAGGUUUUUCGGAUCCUCGUCGAUAGCAUCGGCUCAUGGCCACACAAACACCUCAGCACAAAGAAAACUAAACCAUAUUUUCCAAGCAAUACGACGCUGUUUAUCAUAUCACUGAUUAAAUUAAUAGCUGAAACUCGUAUUAACCUACCAUGGCGGAAGAAAUAUUGUGAUCAAUUCCGAGACUUUCUGAUGGAAUUUCAUCUGUUUUACCACCGAGAUAAGUCAGAAUACGCCGAGAAGAUUUACCAGAAAAUAACCAAAUACAGCACGAUGUUCCUCAAAUUUCUGCCAACAGAAUGUUGUAUCGGAUUGAUUACUUUCAACAUGGCGCCCAUCUUAAAAAACUAUAGGUCUGGAAUGUUCAGUGAGAAUAAACCUGCAAAUGAAACCUACGAAUUAUCAAUAUACUACGCGUUUCCUAUCGACUGUACCAGAGAUUUCACAGGUUACGUCAUAGUGUCGUUUUUGAAUUGGUUUCUAUCGGCCAUCAGUUCAUUAAUACUUUGCUACUACGACCUAAUCUUGAGCCUAGCAGCGGUCCACAUUUGGGGGCACAUGAAGAUUCUAGAGGACAGUCUCAAGAACUUUCCUAGACCAAAGACAAGUUUAACUGGUGUUCCAUGGUAUUCGGAAGAAGAAUCGGCCAUGGUGUCCAGAUUGUUAAAGGAAAAUAUUGAUCAUCACAGGUUGAUAUCACGCUUUUCGUCUAAAACGUCAAACGUGUUUGGACCAAUGCUGUUUUUCUACUACGUCAUACUGCAAGUCAGCGGGUGUAUUGUACUAUUCCAACUUUCUACAUUGAACAGCGAAGCCGUUGCCAAAUACGGGAUGGUUGCGCUGGUGCUGUUUCAGGAACUAAUACAGUUGUCUGUUGUAUUCGAACUUAUUAAUUCAAUGAAUGACUCCAUAAUAAAUGCUGUGUAUGGAUUACCGUGGGAGUGUAUGGAUACAAAGAACAGAAAGAUUGUCUUGUUCUUCUUCAGAAAUGUUCAAGUACCUACCAAUGUUAAGGCAAUGGGUAUGAUACCGGUAGGAGUUGAAACUAUGGCCUCGGUGUUAAAAACGUCUAUAUCAUACUGCGUAAUGCUUAGAACUUUCGCUUACGAGUAAGAACGGCUUAUUCAAGGAUUAAA